AUGCCAACGUCACCACCUGCCACCAACCUCCGCCAACCACCACCACCGUCCUCCGCCUUCACUGCCAUCAACUUCGAUCGCUGCCACCCGCCAUCGCAAACCACCGCCACCCCGACCACUACCGCCACCCUCCGCCAACCACCACCACUAUCCUCCGCUGCCACCACUCCCUACCGUCGACCACCAUCGACACCACCCGCCACCACCGACCACCGCCACCCCGGCCACUACCGCCACCUUCCGCCGGCCACCACCACCAUCCUCCGCGGACACCUCCCGCAACUGUCGACCACCACCACCCACCGUCGUCGUCGCCACCACCAUCGACCACUAUCGCCACCACCCGCAACAACUGACAACCGGCACCCUCCGCCGACCACCACCACCACCCACCGUCGUCGCCACCACCAGCGCUGCCACCUACCACUUGUCACACCCCAACCGAUGACGGAAACAUCGGGGCGCGUCACUGAGCGGAACAGAUUGUUCAGGAGAAAUCCAUAA